AUUCUGUCAGUUCCAUAUUACUUUUUUCAGACAUUGCUGAAGUUCUGUGUAGAAUUUUUAUUUCUAGCUUAUUUUCUCAUAAGUGGAAGAUUUUGUUGUCUAAAUUGCUGUUUUGCAGAAAGACAGGUUCUGCAUUGUACGGUAUAUUCAAAAACAAAAUGACGAGGGCUAACAUUGAGUUGGGAGACAUAACUCACCACAACUUGAAGCAGCUGAAGAAAAUCAAUACUGUGGUAUUACCAGUUCUGUAUAACGACAAAUUUUAUUUGGAUGUGCUGGAAUCGGGUGAACUGGCCAAACUGGCGUAUUACAACGAUGUGGUGGUCGGCGCUGUUUGCUCCCGCGUUGAUACCACGGACAAUAUGCGGAGGCUAUACAUAAUGACGCUGGGUUGUCUCUAUCCUUACCGCAGGCUCGGAAUUGGAUCGGUGAUGGUCAAACACAUCCUCAACUAUGUCGAGAAGGAUGGUAAUUUUGACAGCAUUUUCCUACAUGUAAAGGUGGAUAACGAGGGUGCGAUUGAAUUCUACAAGAAGUUCGGUUUUGAAAUUGUCGAAACAAAGCAGCACUAUUAUAAACGGAUUGAGCCGGCUGAUGCACAUGUGCUGCAGAAAACUUUGGUCAAGCGAUCCGGAAAUCAGCAACAGCAGCAUCACCACCACCAUCAAAACGGUACCGCGGGGAACAAUGCGAAUCAAAACAUUCAGAACUCAACCUCCCAACAACAGAUGCCAGACAGGAAUAGAUAAAAUACAUCCUUUUAAUGAUCGCGAGUUGAAAGAAAUCAUCUGUUAACUUAUUACUUCACCCGGCGAAUACUUCUUGAAUGAUCAUUGAACAAAAGUCGCCUCGGUAUGAAAUCGUCAAUACCCCGCUUGUAAGACCGUUGCAUUUUUUUCCGGAACAUUGUGAAAACAGGAAAUAUUUAUUCCGUAAUAAAAGGUGACGAUUGUGGGACAAGUUGAUGGCAUAUCGGGCGGUACUUUUUAAGAGAUUGAUAUCCCAAUGUGUUUACUAGAAAUCGAAUAAAGAUAAGUAAGAAAGUUAUUAGCCGAA